AUGGACUCGGAGGAGGAAGAGGAUGCUGACUGGUUCUGUGUGCUGCAACCAGUGGCGGUGCGUGCGGCACCGCGUGAGAGCGCUGCCCGGCGUGGUUCGCUGGUGGCUGGCCAGAGGAUACAGGUGCGGCCUGGACGAAAGCAGGAUGCAGAUGGCAAUUCUUGGAUCAGGCUCACGCUGCUGGAGCUCUGGAGAUCUUGCCGAGCCACUUCCAGAACUGCUCGGGGCUUCGUGCCUUUGGCGGAUCAAGGCUUUCCGGUUCUUCGGGGUCCCCUGACGACCGGCGAGUGCCCUCUUGACUCGGAGCAGUUGGUCGGCUUCCUGCGCUGGUGGCCGUUAGACCCGUUGCCGCCCAUGCAACCGGCCACGUUUGGUGGUUCGUGGCUUUGCCACUGGGAGACAGCUCCGGGGCAGGACAACAUCAAGGCAAGAUGGCUCUCACCUGGCGAGCUCCAGUUGGUCGGCCCAGCAGGGACGAAGGCAGGCGAGGUGUGCGGCUGGUUGGAGGAAGAUAUCGGCUUUGGGGCCGACUUCUCUGUGGUCUUGAUCCAGGACCUGCCUGGCCUCGGCCGCUGCUCGCCCAUCACCGCACCAGCUGUCAUGCACGGCGUCCAUGGAGCUGCCGCUCUGAAAAGUGCUCGGGCAGCAUUGCUUGCACUGUCCGGCGAGGACAGCGAGCCAGGCAUGCCAGGGCAGCUUGCGGCAAAGCACCGUGAGCUGGCGAAAGCAGCACUCCGCAAGGACGGCCGGGCACUGGAGGCCUUGGACACGCUCCGGGCAGACUCCGAGCUGGUGCAUAUCGCCCUGGAGAAUGAUGCCAGAGCACUACAGUUCGCAGCAGAGGACUUGCGAGAUGACGCUGAGUUGGUCCUUGCAGCAGUGCGCCGGCGUGGUCAGGUGUUGCGCUGGGCCUCCGAAAGGCUGCGAGGGGAGAGGCAUGUCGUGCUGACUGCCAUUGAUCAGGACCCACGCGCCGUGAUGUUCGCCUCAGAGGAGCUAGCUCGGGACAAAGAGGUACUGCUGGCGGCCAUGUCCAAAGACCCCAGCCUUGCCGUCCACUUGGCCAAUGUCGCCAGAGGGAUCGCCUGA